AUGCUGGAUCACGUUCAAGAGGUGCUGGAAAAAUGGGAGCAGAUCGACGACGAGAUUUGGGCAAAGGUGAUCGUGAUGGAGCGGAACCGCCGCGUGGCGAAAGCCUAUGCCCGAGCCCCUGUCCUCACAGUCAAUGGUUCUGACGAAGGAUUCGACGGAUUUCGGAUCGGCCUUAGUGGGUUCGAGAAUCCGAUGCGGGAUCCAAAGACGGAAGAAGUCAAACGUCACAUUGGACACGGGGUGAAGAUCAAGAUGGACGACGCGGGGAACAUCUUGAUCAAGAGGAUCGCGAAGAGUAACGUGUACGUCAAGAACACGAUCGAGGAGAACAGCAUAGGAAACGAAAUCGUGAAGAUGCCCAACGCAGCAUUGGAAUUCGAGAAGCCCUGCAAGUUGUUCGACAUGAAGAAGUUUCAAGGGAACGUGUCCCGCGAGUUGAAGAGGGCAUACCCGGACCGCCGUCGAUUGGAGUGGCAAUGCAUCACUGCGAUCGCCUUCGUCAGGAGCGAACCCGAACUCCUGGAAUGCCCCUCAUGGGUCAUGAUCAUCAACAUCGUCGCCAUGGACAUGCUCAAAUCCAAACUUCCUCCCGUUGAGCCGUUUCUUGCGUUCGAGUAUUAUUGCCCCUACUUUUAUUGUUUCUUGAAGUGUGUGGUGAUGGAUGAUGAUGAUGAUUGUGAUAAUGCAGUGCGGCGUGGAGGAGAUCCCAGGACCCGACCUCGACUUCCGUUACCAGAGGAAGACCCUUACAGUGUUGCCGGAUCCGGAUCGGCGGGUUCUGGCGGCUCCUCCGGAGACAGUUCCGGGAAAGAAGGCUUCCGUCGCUCCGAUAGACCUCCCAAACUGCCCCCCAGGGAUAGUCCCAAACCGCCUUACACCAUUCCCAAGCCGGAUUAUGACCAUGAGGUGGAGGAAAGGUUCAGGCUACUACAGAGCACGAGGGCAACGAAAAAGAAGGAAGACCGCAAAUACGAGGACCCAUACUAUUGCGGGCUGAGGGCACGAGUGUCGAAUUUCGUGAAGAGCAAAGCCCUGAGUGGAGGAGGAGGGAGUAGGAGCAGGGAUCGCGAUCGAGAUCGAGAUAGGGAUCGGGAUCUUCCCGGUCCCACCACUUCCGUCCCCGUUCCCCACCAGCAUCCUUUGAUGUGGCAUUCCCGUUCCUACGACUCCGGAAUGGCCCAUCUAGGUGCAGGCGCGUGGAAUCAUCACCCUCCCCUCCCCCACUACGAGGUUCGAUACGAUCCCAAGUACGACGUGAUCAGGAAGAGGCCGAUCCCGCCACCGGCUCCCUUUCAUCCCUGCCUCGCCACACCGACCAUCCUCGACCAAGGUCAGUCCCGUUCGUGCACCAAAUUUGGCAUGGCACGUAUCGUAGAGUGACGGAGAAAGAUGUCCGGUGUAGAUGGAGAUUACGCGAUGACGGAAUCUCCGUACGAGAAGAUAUACGGUCGUCUUCCACUGCCAAACCGUGCCUACGUCCCACCACACACGAGGAGUUUGUAUCCCCGAGGCUGGGAAUAAUUCCCUCACCAUGCGCUUACAUAGGACCCAUGCUUACGUGAAGGGAAAACAGACCCGAUGGUCACGGGAGACUAUACGAAGGCAGACAUGACAGAAGAAAAAAAACAACGGAAGUUACCAUGGAUAUUAUUCGAGGA